AUGGCUACUUUGAAAGAAGUUUCCAUGCGUCUCAAGUCUGUACAAAACAUUGGAAAAAUCACAAAAUCCAUGAAGAUGAUUGCUUCAACCAAAGUCACUCGAGCUCAACGAAACAUGGAGGUCGCUAGAGUGUUUGGUACUGCUGGAACUGCCGUCUUCAAAUACACCGAAACAGUCGAACCCGAAAACGGCAAAGUCCUCGCCGUAGCAGUCUCAUCCGACCGUGGUCUCUGCGGCGGUAUCCACUCCUCCAUCGCAAAAGCAGUCAAGCGCUACGUGGCCGCAAACCCCGAAACCCAAGUCGUUGUACUCGGUGAUAAAGCCCGUAAUCAAAUCAUUCGUGAAGCUAGAUCUAAUAUGCAGGUCAGCUUCUCGGGUGUCGCAAAGGGUUUCCCUACAUGGACGGAAUCGUGCAUGAUUGCUGAUGAAAUCUUGCAAACGGGUAUUGAAUACGAUGCUGUCAAGGUGUUUUACAACAAGUUUAAAUCGGUCAUUGCGUUUGAUACUACUGCUGUGCCGGUGUUUACGGUUGCUGCUUUGGAGGCUUCACAGUCUGCACCACCACCGCAAAAUCGAAGCAAAUCUCACAUCCACACGUUUAUAGCCAAGCUCUCUGCAUACGAAAUCGGUGACUCGGUCUUGAAGAACUUUGAAGAAUUCACAUUCGCAAACACCUUGUUCUGGACUAUAUCUGAAGGAAAUGCCUCUGAAAUGGCUGCCAAGAGAACUGCCAUGGAGAAUGCUACCAAGAAUGCCGAUGAAAUGACUGCCAAGUUGAGAUUGACUUACAACAGAGGUCGUCAAGCUGCUAUUACCAACGAAUUGAUUGAAAUUAUUACCGGUGCUUCUGCCAUGUAA